ACAUACUUUGCAGCGCUGCGAGCAGUAGCGAAACGUUCGUUGUUCCAACAACAGUGUGGCACGUUUACAAGAUACAGAAAAGCAAAGAAACCAUGUGUACGUUACUUACGACUUUUGUUUACCUCGUGUACGCAAUCAUACCAAUAAUUGCUGAACCACACUACUCACUAUCCGACGAAUUUAUCGAUAAGAUUAAUGCCAAACAAAAACUUUGGACAGCCGGAAGAAACUUCCAUCCGAACACGCCAUAUGAACACAUAAAAAUACUAGCGGGCACCUUCCCAAACUUGAAAUUAAGAUCAGAAGCGCCGACUGUGAAGCAUGAUCCAGCUCUAAUUGCAAGUCUUCCGGACAGCUUUGAUUCUCGAGAUAAAUGGCCUAAUUGCCCAACCUUAAAUGAAAUCAGAGAUCAAGGAUCGUGCGGUAGUUGCUACGCGGUUGGUUCCGCAGCCACCAUGACAGACCGGUACUGCAUACACGCUAACGGGACAAAACACUUCCAUUUUUCAGCUCAAGAUAUUAUGGCGUGCUGUCCUGAAUGUGGCUUGUCUUGCAUGGGAGGUAACAAUGAAGGGUGUUGGAACCAUUACAAUACAGGUGGAUUUGUAUCAGGAGGCAGCUAUGGCUCGAAACAGGGAUGCAUGCCGUACGUGGUUCCCCCGUGCGAGCAUAACGUUACGGGCAGCCGCCCGCCGUGUGGCCGAUACCUGGACCCGAUGAAGUGCGUUAAGUCCUGUGAGGCAAACUACAAAGUAAGUUACGAGAAUGACAAACGUUUCGGAAAACCAAAAUACACUUUGCCGAAUGAUGAGGAUCACAUCAGAGCAGAGUUAUACCAAAACGGACCAGUGACAACAUCCAUUGUAUUGUACGAAGAUUUUAUGACUUAUAAAUCCGGUGUAUAUGUACACACGGAGGGAAAAGCAAUCGGGCAUCAUACUAUGAAGCUAAUGGGUUGGGGAGUCGAAAAUGGCAACAAAUACUGGCUUAUCGCAAACUCUUUCAACUCUGACUGGGGUGACAAUGGAUUUUUGAAGCUUCUGAGAGGGAAAAACCACUGCGGUGUUGAGGAGGGUGUUAUGACGUCAAUACCUAUUAUACCAUAAAUUAAGAUCUUACACAUUUAUGAAUAAACGGUUAUAAUUAAAACUAUGUUUUGGAUUGGUUAAACAAUAAAACUCUGCAUCAAUAA